AUGAGCUCCAUCAACUGGAACGUUGACGCGCCACGCUACACGCCUCCGUCGAAGCCGCGAUUGCCGGAAAAGGCCACCGAAACGUUUCGCCAUUCGCUCGAGGAAUCCGGCGUCACCGAGGUGCUUUCAAAAGCUCUGGCCAAGCUUUGCGAACUGCCGCCCGCCCAGCGCCCCCAGGAGCCGCUCAAGUUCAUCGCCGCCGAGAUGACCCGCGCGUCCGACCACUUAUUCGAGGAUCGACUCUUCAAUAACAUCAUCGAUGACUUCUUCCUUUCUUCUGAGGAGCUCACCCACGCCGCCAAUCUGGGCGCUGCUGAAGAGAAGAAGUUGACCGAAUUUGCCACCUCCUUGUUGCUGAAUGACGCACGCGGCAGUGCAUUGGUGGAGACCGUUCCGGAUACGUUGGAGGAACUCGGUGAUAAAACAUUGCGGGUCCUCGAAGAGCGCCUAGCAGACCUAUGUAUCCGAGCCGCCGCUAGACGGUCUAUUCCCAAGGAGUCGACGCCUGAUAUUGACGAGAACAAGCCCACGCAGAAGGCUGAAGCCAGUGACUCUGGGAUCGUUUCCGAUGAACCUAAA